UUCAUCUGUUACGCCCCUUUCGCAGUGUGGAUCGCGCUCUUGUCGGUCAGGCGAUUUGCGUUUCCAACUUUUCAUCCCUUUGUGCAUUAAUCAUCACGGACAUUUCAAGAUGUUGAUGCCGAAGAAGAAUAAGCUAGCCAUCUACGAAUACCUCUUCAAGGAGGGCGUUAUGGUGGCCAAAAAGGACUUCCACGCACCAAAGCACCCAGAACUGGAAGCUAUUCCGAACCUUCAGGUCAUCAAAGCUUUGCAGUCUCUGAAAUCUCGUGGGUUUGUCAACGAGCAGUUUGCCUGGAGGCACUAUUAUUGGUACCUGAACAAUGAAGGUAUCAAUUACCUGAGAACCUUCCUUCAUCUGCCACCUGAAAUCGUCCCUGCCACCCUGAAGAGACAGACCAGGACUGAGACGGCGAGACCUCGCCCCUCGGCUCCCAGAUCGGGAGACGCAUCCAAAACUGCAGAGGACCGUGCUGCCUACAGAAAGGGAACCGGAGCUCCUGACAAGAAGGCUGAGGUCGGCGCUGGCUCAGCUGAGAUUGAUUUCAGCCGUGGAUUUGGUCGUGGACGAGGAGCUCCUCCCCCGCAGUAAACAUUUAAUUAUAAAACUUUAUAAAAACCUAAAAAAAAUGUUCCACAAAUAAAGUGGAUGUAUAAAAGAACAGCAUUUUUAUUUAAAGUCAUUGUCAUCAAGUAUAUUUUUU